AUGCCCACGUUCCGCCUGGCCAGGAACCUCGUCGUCACCCACAGCCUCACCGCCAACAAGGAGUACCUGCCAGGCCACAAGGAGCUGGAGCCCCUCCACUACCCCGAGGUGGCCGCCCAAAUCUGCCUGUCCUCGCAGAGGGUGGAGAGCUGCAUCCAGGGCACCACGUCCCUCAUCUCUCGCUGCGUGGGGAAGGGGGAGAACAUCGCCCUGGUCCUGAGGGACGUGGGGGUGCUCCUCAUCGAAGGCACGAGGGUGGAAAUGAAAUUCUAUUCCGACUUCCUGCAGAAGCUGUCCGGGAAGGAGAACCUUCAAAAAGCCUUUUUCAAGGUCCCCCAGCUGAUGGACGUGGUGGUGUCCCGGGGGGCACCCUUGGCCUCCCUGACCUUCUCUGGCCGUGUCAUCGUCUUCCCCGAGUUUGAGAUGGAGAGCAUGCCCAAAAAAACGCCCCAGGAGCACUCCAAGGAGAAGAAAGAAGGGGCUUUUCCUCUUCUUGGCCAAGCUGGGGGAAGAAAAGCAGCUGCUGGUUCCCUUCGAAGGGACGGGGAACCGACUCCUGGCAAAGGUCUCGGGCUUCCUUCCCUUGCCCCCACGGGGUCGACAGAAGAAGCAGCCCUGAAGGGGGAGGCGCAGAAGGCAGGGAAGGCUCCCUUGAGGCUGCCGGCCAUCCCGGGGACUCCUCGCAAGGCCGAAAAAUCGUCACCCAAAGGCAAAACGGGACAGGCAAAGACACCCGGAGCCUCGAGGCAGAGAGCAGGAAGAGGAGCGGGGAUGUUUCCCCCCUGCGUGGGGGAAAACCCGGCAGCCAAAAAGCCCCCCCGGCCCCCGGGACCCACAGAGCUGUCCUUCCCCGUGAUAAGCGUCUCAUCACCGGCCAGCUCGGAGGCCAGCCUCCCCGAGGAGCCCCCCUACAACGUCUACAGGCUGCAGCCCCCGGGAAAAGAGGGGGCAGAAAGGUUAAAAAACAGGCCCGAAACCUUCUGGACGGUGCUAAAAGAACCUCAGAAGAAGGCGUUAUCCGUGAACGGCACCAACAGCACCCGCCCGGUGGCACCCGCGCCCCGAAAACCCGUGUCAGCCCAACCCAAACCGCCAAAAACUGGGCCGGGGCUCUCCGUUUUGUGGCCCCGGCCACCCUAAACUUCGGGCUUUGAGCGCCCGACCCAGCGAGGAGGCCAUCGGAGUUGGCAAAAAGAGAUUUCCAUCGUUCUUCCUGACACGAUUGCCUCAGGAAGGAGGUGGAGGAAAACACGAUGGAAUCCC